AAGCUGUUCUGCGAGUUGAAAGGGAAGCAAAACUACCAAACCUGCUCACAGUUUCUGGUUCGACGAAGUGUCGCUGCGCUGAGGGAGAUAUUUACAAUUAACAUUAAUUACUCAACCAUAAAAAGUCUGUUUUAUUUAGCUAUUCGCUCAUUUAAAGAAGAGAAAAUGAAUUUUGCGCCUCCUGUCUUCCUGCUUCUCGUUGUUUUGUGUUCAACCCUGGCACAGAAUACAACACUUUCUACAAGUACUACAACACAAUCUUCACCCCAGACUUUAACUACUCAGUCUGCAGGACAGCCUUCGGCUACAACAGGAUCUUCAACAACACCAUCUUCAACUACUACAACACAAUCUUCAACUACGACAACGCAGACUACUACUCAAACUACAACUAUUCCAACAACACCACAUCCAAGUUGUGAGAGCAAGAAUGGCAGCUGUGAGGAGUGCUUGGCCUAUGUGGAUUGUCUGUGGUGUUGGACAACUAAACGUUGCAUUACAUACCCAGCCAAAAGCAUCCUGCCUCCCCAUUCCCUCUGUCCACUGAAUGAUGCUCGAUGGGGACUUUGCUCAAUGAACUUCCAGGUAUUGAUCAUUACGUUGUCGGUGGCUGCAGCCCUGCUCAUCAUUGGGUUUUUGGUGUGUAUAUUCUGUUGCUGCAAGUGUGAGAACAUUGGAUCUUCUCGAAAUGAAAAUAGAUUUAAUCGACGGGUCGACAAAACAAAAACGAAACAAGAGCAGAGGAAAGCGGAGAUGAAAAUUAGGCACGAUGAGAUCCGUCAAAAAUAUGGUCUCAGCAGAGCAAGUCCUUACGCCAGAUUUGACAACCCCAACUAAAAUAUACUGGGCGCUUUAUUUCAUGGCCAAAUAUAUUUUUAUUAUCCGCUGCCUAGGAUAACAGUCCAGAAGAACGAGCUCAAAGUGAUUAUUUUACAGAAUAAUUUAAUUUAAAUGGGUGGUUCACCCGAAAAUGAAAAUUACCUCAUCAUUUAUUCUCAUUCAUGUGGUUUUAAACCUUUUAUGACUUUAUUUUUUUCUGUUGAACACAAAAUAUGAUAUUUUGAAAAUGCUGGUUGCUAGGACCCAUCGACUUCCAUAGUAGGGGAAAAAAUUACUAUGAAAGUCAAUAGCUGUGUCUCAUUUCAGAGACUGCAUCCUCCGAAGUCCACAGAGGACAGAUAUCGCCAUCAGGCAACCGUAACAGCUUUCGUUAUUAAGCGGUAAUCACAUUUGUAUUGACUUUUUUUUCAAAGUGAUUUUAAAAUGUAUUUUAAGCGAUCUGAAAGCAAAGCAAGGUUUACAAAAGCUAGAAAUAUAUUUCCUUUACACAUAAACAUGUAAACUGUCUAUAAAUUACUCUUUCGUAAGACAUGUCAUACUCUUUUAGUUUUUUAACAUGUGUUUAAAUAUCCAAGUAAAAUAAAACCUAAUUCAUACAUUUAAUUCUGAGCGUGCAAUUAGUCUUGGGAUGAUCAAGGCCAUGAAGGAUCUACCGGUUGUAUCCUUCAUUACCUGGGAAUCAAAGGAUGCAUUUUGAAGCUGCAUGUGAAGGAGCCUUCUAGUUUUUUUUUUUAAAUGAGACAGCCUUCGUCGCACCGUGAUGGCGCAGCGCACUUCGAAUGCAUCCUUCGGAGGAUGCAGCCUCUGAAAUGAGACACAGCUAAUGGGUGCCAGCAAUCAGCUUUUGUUAUCAACAGAAGGAGCUCGAAUAGGUUUUGAACAAGUUAAGGAUUGGUAAAUGAUGACAGAAUUUAAAUAUUUUGGUGAACAAUCCCUUUUAAGUAAUUUCUGUUUUAUUUAUAGAAUUUUCCACAUCGACUUCUUGUAUCUGUUUAGUGACUAAAAUCAUUGUAUUUUCACGUGUUAAUUCAAACAGCCUUGAAAAUAUUCAUCAUAUAUGUACAAAUGUGUAUAUUACUUUCCUAGUCUGAAAAUCAUUAAGGAAUAGAUAAAAAUGCUGAUAAAACACAUCCUAUGAAACAGUUGAAGUCAAAAUUGUAAUUUUGUAUUCUUUUUUAAAUAUUUGCCAAAUGAUGUUGAACAGAGCAAGGGAUUUUUCACAGUAUUUCCUAUAAUAUUUUUUCUUCCGGACAAGGUCUUAUUUCUUUUAUUUUGGCUAGAAUAAAAGCAGUUUUAAAUUUUUUAAAAAACAUUUUAAGGUCAAAAUGAUUAUUAAAAUUAGCCCCCUUAAGCUAUAUUUUUUCAAUAGUCAACAGAACAAACCAUCGUUAUACAAUAACUUGCCUAAUUACCCCAACUUACCCAAUCAACCAAGUUAAGCCUUUAAAUUGCACUUUAAGCUGAGUACUAGAAUCUAGUAAAAUACUAUGUACUGUCAACAUGGCAAAAAUAAAUCAGUUAUUAGAAAUUAGUUAUUAAAACUAUUAUGUUUAGACAUAAAACUCUUCUCUCUGUUAAAGAAAUUGUGAAAAAAAAAUAUAUAGGGGUCUAAUAAUUCAGGGGGGCUAAUUCUGACUUUAACUGUAUCUCCGUAUCAUAACAUUCUCGUGUUGAUUAUGCUGUUUAGUUUCUGUUCAUACUUUGUGGUUGAUCAUAAUGUCAUUGUAUAAAGAAGAACAAAAUUGGCUCGUCACAAUGAAACCUAAACUAUUCUUUGUGGAUUAACCUCACUCUCAUGUGGUCAUAUGAACAUCAUUCUGCUGGGUUUGAAACAGAGUGAAGGAUUACUCUUUAGUCCGUGACUGUUUCCAUUUCUAUAGCUGAAUACACAUUUUAAGAAGCUUCAUAAAUGCCUGCUCAUGCAGUGUAUUGGUUUAUUUUUGUUAUGAAUAAAUAUAAUUCAAAGUC